CUGCCUCUAUAUUAUCUUCAUCCUCGCGCCACUCACUUCCACAGUUCCCGCCCUCUCUCACCACGUACGGUUCACACGCACACUGAUCACCCAAGCCUCCCUCGCUACCACUCUAGCUACUUUCAUGGCCAUGGUCAUGGAGGCCUCCCCGUCUCUUAGCAGCGACAGCAUCCCCCGUCUCGACGCCGGCCCCGCCUGCCUUGAGUGCUGCUCCUUCAACAGCUCCGCGUCUUUCAUCGACAUGGACCCCGCCGACCUCUUCUCCAUGCGAUGGACCUCGUGCCCGGACGCCGACGCCGACGAAUCUGCCGAGUUCGACUUCGGCCUGCCAUGCGCCGCCGCGCAGUACCAGUACUGCUCCUCCCCGCUGCUGGUCGGCGCCUCAGGGCUCCUCCCUCCGAGCGCGUCUUCUCCGGCCUCGUUCUACUCUGCGCGGAGCACGCCGGCCGCGGCGGACAGCCCGCGCCGCGCGGCCAGGGCGCCGCGGCCGCUGCUGCUGGCCACGAGGAGGGUGCUGCAAGGGUACCUGCGGCUCCUCGCGCCGCUGUGCCGGAAGGCGAGGGCGCUCGCGGCGUCUUCCUCGCCACGGACGGCAUCGGCAUCGGCGUCUCCGGGGAGGCAGUCCACGUCGAGCUACGCCAGCGCGGUGGAGCAGUACUGGUGCCACGGCAAUGCCGACAGCGCCGUGCGCGACGCCAUCCUCUACUGCAAGAGAUCCGUCCGGGAACAGGAUGUGUAAUUUUGAGGCCCGGAUCGAGACGAGCGCUUCUUCAUCGUGCGAGAAUCCGGAGAGAGAUGGAGCCAAUGGAGGCGCCUCCUCGUUUAUUUUGUUCCUCUGCUUUCUCUUUUCCAUUUUGAGUUCUUGGUGUAUAUGCAUGUGGCAUACGGUGUACAGGGUAUGGAUGGACGGUAUGUGCUCCGAGGUGCUUUAACUUUGUGAAGCAAUACUGCUAGAUUGUUACUUGUGCUACUUUAACAGAACACUUAAUUAAUUGAGUGUCAUGAUCCGUCUCA